UUUUGAAAGUCUUAAACACAAGACUGCACGAGUAAAACUUAAAGUAGCUUAAGUAUUAUUAUAUACUCUAAACUGCUCCCUUCACGUGUAUGCUUAUUUUGUGCUAAAUGUACAUGUAGUGAUGGUAGGGUGAAUGUAAUUAAAAUGAAAGGUGAUACAAUCGUCAAAAACCAAAACGUAACUAACAAAUUGCAAUUAGUUGAGGUGCUGAGCAUAGACCCACGAAGAACGAAAGUGAAGCUCACAGCUCUCCUAAGCUCACCUUCAUUGUGAAAAACAGACAAAGUUCCUAUCCCUUAAAUUUCAUCGUCUGUCUGCUCCGCAUGAAGAUAAUAUUUACGUUCUCAGUAAAGCUGAAGCGGGGUAUUUCUCAUAACCCUGUCGUUGAAAGCGAGCUUGCUUCCUCUACGGUAUUCAGCGCACUCUGGAAAACAUGAGAGCGUUUUUCUUGCAAACGCUGAAAUUUGCCCACACAUUUCCUCCGCUAUCUGCAAAAUGUUUAAGCCCGGGGAACGAGAGUAGACACUAAAAUGUCUCCUGAAAUCGUCAGCGAAACCACUUCAGUGAGCACACUGUCAGGAUUACACCAAUAAAGGAAAGGGGGUCUAUAAAUCAUAAGCCAAUCACAGGUGGGAAAAACUUAAGAGGGCGGUUUGCAAACUUAAAAUAGUGAGAAUUAUGUGAUUUUAUGACAGAGCAACCUCCACUCAACUUUUUACCAACUGAUGGGGCAUGUCUCCAAUAAUAGAUAUUAAGCAAGUAAGCAAAGAUUUUCAAGGAAUCACGGACAGAGGGGAAAGGUGGUCGAUACAAUGGAUGUAACUUUUACUAACCAUUGAAGUCACCAGCUAUUCUACUGUGUACAUGACCUUAUCUGCUCACGCUGAAGAACUGUGUGAGCCUCAGACAUUUCUGGCCUGCGGAAACAGAAGAACAUCAUCAAAGCUGGGCUGAUUUUGUCCUGUUUAAGCAGAAGAGCUCUAAGCAAACCACAGCCAGUUAUGUCCUGCAAAAACACCUGUGGUUCACCCUGGUCUGGUGAAAUAUACAAAGAUUAGCUGCAGCUGACUUUGUCUUAUUUAAAAAUGUUAACAGAGCCUAGGAUGGCUCUCUCCUGCUAAACGGAUUACAGUGGCAGACUUGGUCUGAAAAGCCUGUUGCUAAAUUUGAAUGUUAGUUGCACUGUUCAUAUAAAAAGACCUCAGAUUCUAUAAAAUGGUAUUCUCUAGACAUGUUUGUGUGUAAUCUUUCACUGAGGUACACAUUUAUUUAGGUAGUUUAACUGUGUCUCUGUAACUGGCUAGUACUAUUAUGUUUAGAUAGCCCAAUAGGACAACUGCAGUUACACGUUUUUGAAUUAAAUGAUAAAUUCUAAUAAUUAUGAUAAUACAUAUAGGCCUAUCUUUCAUAAGGGAUCACAUUCUAAUCUCAUAUACAAAAUCUUUUCCUUCCAAGUAAUAAAGAGGGCGAUGGAAAUGAUAUCACAGGUAAAGGUUAUGAGUGUUUAAUAGUUCCAGGCAACAGCCUGUGUAGAAAACACCUGAAGACGUUUUUAAUGUCUUCGGAUUUUAAUGUCCCCAGAACCUUUGAUCGCCGCUUUCACAAUCUUAACAGAAACUCUCGCACCUCUGAACUAUUUCCUUGAUGUGUUUCCCCAAAAAAACACACCCACGCAACGAUGCACACGCGCAGCAAAAACAGUACAUGCGACGAUGGUCCCUCCAUUCUACGGGAAGCCAGAAACGAUGGCUGAGCGCUUCUUCCUGCUGUUGUUCGUUCCACUGUCUGUAAGUUUUGGCAAAGAGUUCCGAGUGGUCCAGAACAAGACCCAGCUCAUAAACCCAGACGGUUCUGUGACAAUCAACUGUGAGCUCCAUGACUCAGUGGAGACCUGGGUGAUGCAAGGCUCUCUCAAAUGGAAUGGCUCAACAGUCUGUCUGCCGUCAAACGAGCAUUCAAACGAGUGCGUCUGGAGAAACAGUUCGCUUCCUCACUACCAGUUCACACUCUUUAACCCGCGACUGGACAGUGAGGUUGCAUAUGUAUGCGAAUUCAGAAGGAUGAUUCCCCCUCCUGUACAAAUAAAACAGGGGGCAGGCACUAAGGUGGUCUCAGCACCAUCGCAGCCGUGCGCCACUGCAGCCACAGUACUGCAGUGCCCAGAGCCCGGGCCGCUAAACUGGGUACUGCUGGGCCUGGCUGGCUUCCUGCUUCUCUGCUUCCUGGCUGUCACCUGCGCUUACAUAAGGCUGAAGGUCCAGCAGGAAAAAGAAAUGGAUGGUUCACUGACAUACGUCCCUAUGCAGCCUCCCCAGUCCCACACGGGAAACAUGAGGAAUGGUGACCCUGAAAGCAACACCACCUACAUGGACAUGCGCAAAAUGCAGUUGCCAGGCAGGAUAUCACGAAGAGACAUGAACUACAAUUCCCAUCAGAUGAAAUGCUGAUAUCUCAAGAUAUGAACUACAAUUCCCAGUAAGCCUUUACCUCCAAGAGUGACAGGAUAUCUGCCAAAGAAUAUGGAUUACGUGACAAGAGUUCAUCCCUCUGACACUUCAGAUUUCAAGCAUCAAUAAGAAAUACCAUUCCUUUACACUUACACAAUUCAAGCAGUAUUCAUUUCUGACUGAACCAUUGGGAAUUAGUAGAGCUUGUCAAACCAGCAUUGUUUUCAUACCUUUUUUAUACCAUACCAUUUUUUUAAGUUCCAAAAGGAAUAUAUUCACACGUACCACUUAUUCAAAAAAAAAAAAGAAUGAUCUAUAUUUUGAGAAAAAAGUCCUGUGUCCUGUUUCAGCCUUAACUGUUUCAAUAUAAACAACCCCCUUGGCCUUUUUAAAGGGCAAAUGGUUUACAUACUCUAAUGGUUCAAAAUAAUUCACUUGCAAUGGCUCAGUUACAGGUCACUUCAGUAGUUUAUUUUACCUUGAAUGUGUAAAACUGUAAAUAUAAACACAUUAGUGUGCCCUGAUAAAAGCAUCAGGUUUUUCUAAUUGAAUUUCCUCUUCAGUGUAAUAUAUUCAAAGAUAUAUAACAACAAUAGUGCAGCAAAAACAUUUUAAAAGCUGCCAACAGUCUUUUUGUAAAGUCCUAAUUCAUGUAUAUCCAAUUGUAUGUCAUGUUUUGAAUGACCUUCAGCUGUUUUUGACCUUCAGGUAAUAGGUAAAAAAUACAAAACAGACUGCUGUUCAGUAGCAGAAAAUAUUGUCUUUAAAAAAUAAAUUAAUUUAAAAAGAUUCUGUAAAAUAUCUGUAAACAUGCUUAUAUAACAAAGAACAUAACAAAAGUACACAGACCUUUAGCUACUGAUGGAAGUUACGUUACAUUCUAGCUUUUGUUUUCAGGCAUGUGUUCUGCUACGUACUAGUUAAUUUUACAGACUGGCAUAUUGCUUGCUGACCAGCUUUUAUCUAUGCUCUGGUUUUCUAGUUCAAUAAACUUUUCUGAAUUCAA